AUGUAUCAAGACAUGUUUCCAAACACAGCUGCAUUAGACAUAAAAAAAUUAUUAAAUAAAUGCCCACAAUGUGUAUAUGCUGGAUUUGAUCCAACAGCUGAUAGUUUACAUGUUGGUAAUCUCUUAGUAAUUAUUAACUUAUUACACUGGCAAAGAGGUGGGCAUAAUGUUAUUGCACUGUUGGGUGGAGCUACUGGAUAUAUUGGGGAUCCAAGUGGAAGAAGUUCUGACCGCAUUGCAAUAUCAAGUGAUGUAAUAGCAAAUAAUGUUCACUCAAUCAGAAGCAACCUUGAAACUGUUUUUGAAAAUCAUAAGAAAUAUGUUUGUUCAGAAGGUGAAGAUAAACUGAAACCAGUUAGAAUUGUCAACAAUGACGAUUGGUUUCAGAUUGGUGGCAGUGAUCAGAUGGGAAACAUUUCAGCAGGGCAUGAAUUGAUAAGCAGAACCGUAAAAAAGGAUGUUUAUGGUUUGACCCUCCCAUUAGUUACGACAGAAGAAGGUGAUAAGUUUGGCAAGUCAGCUGGUAAUGCCCUGUGGUUGGAUGCCAAAAAGACAAGUCCUUACAGCUUGUACCAAUAUUUUAUAAGGACUAAGGAUUCAGAUGUAGAGAGGCUACUGAAGCUGUUCACAUUCUAUAGUUUAGGUGAAAUAAAGGAUAUUAUGUUCAAGCACAAACAGCAUCCUGAAGAAAGAUAUCCACAGAUGUGUUUAGCUGAACAGUUGACAACAUUAGUCCAUGGAGAAGAAGGUUUGGCAAAAGCAAGACAGGCUACAGGGGCGAUAUACAGUAAAGAUGUAAAAUCUCUUAUAUCCCUCAGUUCAACGGACUUGGAACAAGUGUUUGAAGGUGCACCUGUUGUGAAUUUACUUUUGUCGCCUGGAAUUACAGUGUUGAAGCUUGGAAUGUUAGCAAAGUGUUUUCCAACAGAAAAUGAUGCAAUGAGAAUUAUUGAGGCUGGCGGCUUCUACAUAAAUCACCAAAGAAUAAAAAAUAUUAACGAAGUUGUAACAGAGUCCGCUCAUAUUCUGCCGAAUCUAAUAUCGCUUUUGAGAGUUGGCAAAAGGAAUUAUUAUAUUAUAAAGUGGCAAACG